AUGGAUUCUUUGCUAGCUCAGCUCAUCGGACGAUCACAAGCUGCAAAGAGCUGGGGGAUCCUUAGGCUGACCUUGCUUGGGAGUUUCGGUCUCUUUGUGGUGGCCAUAUUGGGCUUGUAUCAGCUUCUCAAGCCAAUCGACAAGCGCCGCUCGCCAACAGGAAGGAAAUGGAGGCUCCCGCCAGGUCCGCGAGGUUGGCCUGUUAUUGGAGAUUUGUUCUUGUACGCAAAAGGUGAAGAAGGCGCUCGGGAGAUCGCACGGUAUGGUGAAAUGACAACAACGCACCUCGGCUCCAAGCUCUGGGUGGUGCUGAACAGCAAUCGGCUCGCCACCGAGAUUUACGCUCGUAAAGGCGCCGUCACCAAUGGUCGACCUCACUAUCCGAUAGUCAGCGAUUUAAUCAGCCAGGCAAAGCGGUCGGUCUUGUUGCCCGCGGCUGAAUGGAGCGAGCGGCGCCGCGUAAUGCACCAGCUAUUGAGCGGAACGGCCAUGACUCGAUACAUGGGGUAUCAAGACGAGGAGAGUAUUGCCCUUCUCAACCAUUACCUUGACCAGCCAGCUUUGUGGUAUCGACAUAAUUACCGUUAUGCCAACUCCGUGAUUCAUCGCAUCACGUUCGGCGAGCGCCCUGACGAGAAGGACGACAAGAUUAGAGACGUCACGCAAGCCCAAUUCCAAUUCUUGAUGAACGCGCCCCCACUCAACUUCUGGGACUGUUUCCCGGGGCUUUCGAGGCUACCGAUAUUUCUGCAAUUCUGGCGAAAACGUUACGAGGAGAUAGGUCGGUUCACUUACAAUGCGUACCACGCUUACUGGAAUCCCAUCAAAGAAAAGGUCCAGGCCGGGCAAGCUCCACCUUCGUUUGCCAAAGAUGUUAUCCUCGGCGAAGGGAAAUUUUCUGGUUCUGACACUGACAAAAUGUUCCUGGCUAUGCAAAUAACCGAAGCUGGCAGCGACACAACUCGGUUAGCUAUCAAUAUAUUUAUUCUGGCAGCGGUGACUCACCGGGACAAAUUCCUCAAGGCUCGAGCCGAGCUAGAUGCCAUCUGUGGAAGUAAUGCGCAGAGGCUCCCAAGCUUUGGUGAUGAAGACUUAGCACCAUAUCUUCACGCAUGCAUCAAGGAGAUUUUCCGCUGGAGGAGGAUUUUCAUCUGGACGCCGGAGCAUGAGUUGACUCAAGACCUAGAGUUCGAGGGCUACUUCUUCCCCAAGGGCACCAACUUUGUGAUCAACCAUACCAAUAUCGCGACCAAUCCGGAUCUCGUCGAGAGCCCGGAGAAGUUUAUGCCGGAAAGAUGGCUGGAUGGGAAUGAACAGGACAUACUCAACGGCAUCUGGCAGUUUGGAGCUGGCCGAAGAGUUUGUGUCGGAUACAAGUUGGCGCAAAAGUCAUUGUUCAUCAAUCUUGCACGGUUGAUUUAUUGCUUUGACUUCAAGGCGAGGGAGCCAUUUGACGAUAAAAACAUCAACCAUUUCACCCUGGGCGAGCCAUUUCCGGUAGUGCCAACUGUUCGAAGUCCAGCAUUCGCAGAGCUCAUCAGACAGGCAGCAGUGAGAAGAAAAGACGACUGA